ACUUUAGAAAUGACAUGACAUUUUGUUAGUUUACCUUUUAUUCCUGUUACAUUCAAUUUAAUGUAUAUAAACAAGCGACACAGAUCAGUUUUGGCCCACAGCACAUCAAAAUUCAAGUCGCAACUUUCCUCCUCCCUUUGAAUAGACAAAUUACACAUUCAAGAAAACAACUUUCAACAUAUUUAUAGACACGAGAACAACAAAAGCAAAUUUAAAUCUAUGGACCAAGAGUACAUACAUGAGGCGAUCUCCAUGAGCAUUGGUGACAAUGAAGAUGAAAAAGGAUCUGAAACAAAACGGACGAACUGGCUUGCUCGGCAGCUAAGCAAACAAUUCAAUUUACCAGACCACCCUGUCGUUCAGUUUAUAACGUACGUUUUAAUCGGGUUUCUCAUUUGGACCCUGCUUUUCCUCUUGUUGCACGAUGAAGUCCUCCUGAACGGUGGCCUUUUCAAUCUUUUGUCUCUGUUCGUGCUGGCCUUUGCAGUCGGGUUCGCAGUCUCUUUUGCUAAACUACCACCGCUGCUAGGAAUGCUUAUAACUGGUAUUGUGCUUAGAGCAAUAGGCUUCUUUCAUGUCUCUGGAAUAUACGUACAAGUUGUUAUAGUGCUGAGGAAUAUAGCUUUGACAGUUAUUCUAAUUAAAGCAGGCCUUGGCUUGGACGCUCCAGCUUUGAUGAAAUUAAAAUUCACAGUGCUCAAACUUGGAAUAUUCCCAUGUGCAGGAGAAGCUGUUGCUACAGGAAUAUUAAGUUAUUAUUUUUUAGGAUUUCCUUGGCUAUGGGCAUUUUUACUAGGGUUUCUUUUAAGCCCAAUUUCACCGGCUGUAGUUGUCCCGACCUUGUUAAAUCUUAAAGAAAGGGGCUAUGGGAACGAUAAAGGCAUCUCUACACUCGUCAUUGCUGCUUCAAGCCUCGAUGAUAUAUUUUCAAUAUCAAUUUUCGGCUUGUUGCUCUCGUCAAUAUUUUCUAUAGGUAGCUUGACUAUGGCUUUGAUAAGAGGACCCUUGGAGCUGCUUACUGGACUCGUUUUCGGUGUGGUAUGGGGCUUUGUCUGUUCCGGAUUUCCACACAGGGAUGAUGAUUGUUUAGUGUUAAAAAGAAGCCUGCUGAUCGGACUCGGAGGGGUUGUUUUUAUUUUGGGCUCAACUUAUCUCAACUAUCCUGGGGCAGGGCCGCUUGCAUGCAUAACUGCAGCAUUUGUAACAAACAUAUCGUGGCAAAUGCAAGGCUGGGGUUUUGACAAACCUAACCCAGUGGCACAAGUGUAUUCACAACUUUGGGUCAUGGUCCAGCCGGUGCUUUUCGGCCUGAUAGGAGCUGAAAUUGAUGUCAACACUCUACAACUGACCCAAGUGAUUAACAGCAUUGCUAUCGUCAUAGCAGCUCUUGCCUUCAGGAUUGCCGUAUGCUUUCUUUCUCUGAUCGGCGGAUCGCUCAACUGGAAAGAGAUGCUAUUUGUUAAUCUCGCUUGGCUGCCCAAAGCUACUGUUCAGGCUGCGUUUAGUCCCCAGCCUCUCGAUUAUCUAAGAAUUACAAACUCGACGGACAAACAAGCCUAUGAUAUUGCCCACUUAGUUUUAACGAUGGCCAUCGUCGCUAUAAUAAUAACAGCUCCUAUAGGAGCGAUCGCAAUAUCGCUGACAGGCCCGUACCUGCUGAACAAGACAGAGAAGCCCACUAAGAGUGCUGGUUAAGGAUUUGAAGAGUUUAACAUAACCUCAACAAAAAACCAAAACUGUAAGAUUUAAAUAAAUGUACUGUAACAUCAAA